AUGGACUCAGCAAUCAAACUUUUGCGCCUACAUAGAAUUCAAGUUACUAGCAUAAUUUUGUGUAUUUGUCUUGCUGACGAAUUGACACACCAAUACGGAAUCCCGAAAGAUCAGGCCACCAAGAUCACGACAACGUAUCUUAAACAAUUCAGAAAGUGUCCCGAAAAUACAGCGUCUACUUUGAACUCAUGGCGAAGCAAUCUUUGGACAAACGCAUUGGGAGAAAGCUACUCGCACCUCACGACAGCCGUCUACGAGAGAUGGCUUCAGCUCAGGUACCAUUACUUGAAACUGUCCAAAGAUACGAUUUCGAUGUUACAUCAAAUGAAGAAGAAAUAUUAUUUGGGCCUGAUAUCCAACGGACCGUCCAACUCACAAUGGGAAAAGAUUCGCAAAUUAUGUCUAGAACAAUAUUUCGAUAUAAUACUGGUAUCGGGUGACUUACCCUGGGAGAAACCUGAGGCUCAAAUAUUUCAGGAAGCUUGUCAGUCCCUUCAAGUCCGUCCAGAAAGUUGCAUUAUGGUUGGAGACAAAUUAGAGACCGAUAUAUUAGGUGGUAUUGAAGCAGGUUUAGCUUGUACCAUAUGGAUCCCGAUAGCUGAAAGGUCUCGUCUUUCAAGUGAAGACCCCCAACCAAAUUUUACAAUCAAAAAUAUUUGUGAACUUUCAAAAAUUUUAAAUCGCGGUCCUGGUGCACCAGAAUUAGAAGAUUGUUCUUCAAAUGCAUCGGAUGGAAUGUGA